AUGGUUCCAUCUUUAAUAUUAAAAAAUUUCUUUUUAGAAUCAGUGGAUUCUGAGAUUUUCGACAAUGGUCCGUUCCAGUCAGGUGGCGUAUACCUUGGUAGUUCUGAAGGACAUCAUACUGUGUCAUCACCGUUUGAGGUGUCUCAGUACCCUAUUGAGAUUAAAGAAACCAAGGAUGCCUUGUCCAUGACUGAAUUUGUUUUAAGGGCGAGAAUGGAAUCGAUUCAGAUGGACUCGGAUUUCCUAAAUUCUUCACCACUUUCGAUUGCGGAAACAAUCGAGGGAUUAUUAUCUGGAAAUAAAACGCCGCAACACGUCGACCUGUUCACUUUUAGAGACGCUCUUGAUGUUAACUAUCAAAGAAUGGCCCUUACUGGUGAAGAACUUUCUGGGGUGCCUUUGGAAGACCUAAAGUUUGCUGCAAAAGAAAUUAUAGAAGCCUUGACUUUGAGGAAGGAGUACAUGGAUCUUAUAGGGAGUAAUUUUCCUUCAACUACGAGCCAUUUUAUUUCAAAUCAUUAUCCUGAAAAUCUUCCAAAGAGUCGACGGAAAAACACAGAAACGACGUCUCAAACUUCAUUUAACCCUCCAGAACCACCAGAAGAUCACUGGGAACUCAAUAUUCCGCUUCCAAAAUAUGACGUAAUCUACAAAUUAUGUAGGAAAAGCGGCGUGGUUUUAAUAUGUGACACGGACGGUUGUGUUUCGGACGAGUUCAAACCUUUUUAUGUUUCAAAAGAGAAAUUUUUGAAAGACACUGAUCGACUUACUGCCAUGAUUGCUGAUGGGCCGCUGAAAAGUUUCUGCUUUCGUAGACUGAGUUUCCUCUUAAAUAAAUUCCAAAUGCAUACGCUGCUAAAUGAACUGCUUGAAUUACAUGAACAGAAAGAAGUUCCACAUAGGGAUUUCUAUAACAUUAGAAAAGUCGAUACUCACAUUCAUGCUGCCAGUUCUAUGAAUCAAAAGCACCUGUUACGAUUUAUCAAAAAAAAGAUGAAGACUGAGAAAGAUACAGUAGUUUUUGAGAAGGCUGGCUGUCCGAUUACGCUUCAGCAGGUGUUUGAUGACUUGGGUAUUGACGCUUACGACCUUUCUGUAGAUAUGCUAGAUGUACAUGCAGAUCGAAACACUUUUCAUCGGUUUGAUAAGUUCAAUUCAAAAUACAAUCCUGUUGGAGAAAGCACAUUGCGAGAAAUUUUUAUUAAAACGGACAACGGCGUUGGUGGCAAGUACUUUGCUGAAGUUUUGAAGGAAGUUUUAUCGGAUUUGGAAGAUAGUAAAUAUCAGCACGCCGAACUGAGGCUCUCAGUUUACGGCAGAAGUAAGGAUGAAUGGGACAAUCUAGCUAAAUGGGCUAUUGACCACGAUGUUUAUUCAACGAAUGUCCGGUGGCUUGUACAGUUUCCGAGACUUUAUGAUAUUUAUUAUGCUCGCGAUAUGUUGAAAAGUUUUGACGAAAUGCUAAAUAAUUUCUUCACUCCGUUGUUCGAAGUCACAAACGAUCCUCAGUCGCAUCCUCACCUUCAUCGUUUUCUUGCUUUUGUCACUGGUAUAGAUUCCGUGGAUGAUGAAAGCAAGCCCGAAUACAUCCAGUUUGACAGAACAACACCAGACCCUGAUAAAUAUCGAGAUGCCGAAAAUCCCUCUUACAGCUAUUACCUUUUCUAUAUGUAUGCAAACUUGGUUGUAUUAAAUGCAUUUAGACGGCGACGCGGCUUGAACACUUUUUCGCUGCGACCUCAUUGCGGUGAGGCAGGUCAUGUAAACCAUCUUGUUGCUGGUUAUCUAACCUCAGAAAGUAUUGCUCACGGGCUUAUGUUGCGAAAGGUUCCUGUUCUUCAGUAUUUAUUCUACUUGGCUCAAAUUGGCAUUGCGAUGUCACCUUUGAGCAAUAAUUCUCUUUUUAUCAGUUAUCAUCGAAAUCCUCUUCCUGAUUAUCACAUGAAGGGGCUAAAUGUUUCAUUGUCGACUGAUGAUCCCCUACAAUUUCAUUUCACUAAGGAAGCUUUGAUGGAGGAAUACAGCAUUGCUGCUCAAGUUUGGAAACUCAGUAGUUGUGAUAUGUGUGAACUAGCCCGUAACAGUGUUUUGCAGAGUGGAUUUGAGGAUAAGGUAAAGAUUCAUUGGCUUGGUCCAAAUUACAAAGAAGAGGGUGUUCUUGGUAACGAUGUUUCUAGGACCAAUGUGCCGGAUAUUCGGGUUUCCUUUAGACACGAAACACUUGUGGAUGAACUCUACAACGUGUUUAGAACGAAGAACUUUAUUUGA